AUUUCAUUUCGUUCACUCAGUCAGUUUCGAUAAGCGCCUCGAAGCGGUUGUGUUUGUCGCGCGCUAUUCCGAAUCGAUCCUCCCGCGUAAAUAUUGCUAUGAAUUCGAAAAUUAAAACAGUGCUCUAAUUAAAAACUAAUGGUGUGAAAAUACGUUGAAUUGUGAUUCAGUUUGUAUGUGACCCGAGUGGUUAUUGUGUGUAGAAUUCUGAAUACGAAUGUGGUGUUGUGUACCUAUGUAGGUAAAACAAGUUUGGUUUUUCUGUGCCAUCUCAACUUGGAUUUUUUUGGCCCGCUCGCUGUUUUUGUGAUGGCGUAGCGCGAUGGAGGCGGAGUGCGCGGAGGCGGGCGCGGAGGGCUGGCUGCUGGUGCGGGUGCACGUGCCCGAGCUCAACGUGCAGAAGAGCCUGCAGUUCCCCAAGGACCAGCUGGUGUGGGACGUCAAGCAGCAAUGCCUCGCCGCCUUGCCUAAGGUGGCCACUUGGUACAGGGAGCUGAAAGAGAGCUUCAACUAUGGGCUGUUCUGUCCGCCCGUCAACGGCAAGGCCGGGAAGUUUCUGGACGAGGAGCGGCGCCUCGGGGACUACCCCUUCAAUGGACCAGUCGGGUAUCUUGAGCUAAAGUACAAGCGGCGCGUAUACAAGAUGCUGAAGCUGGACGAGAAGGCUCUGAAGGCUCUGCACUCGCGCGCGAACCUGCGGCGCUUCCUCGAGCAGGUGGCGCACGGGCAGGUGGACAAGCUCACCAAGGCGUGCGCCAAGGGGCUCGACCCCAACUUCCAUUGUCAGGAGACCGGCGAGACUCCUCUCACCAUAGCCGCUGGCUUGAAGAACCCAGCGAAGGUGCUAAUAGCUUUAGUAAACGGUGGCGCCCUCUUAGACUACCGAACAAAAGACGGUAGCACCGCCAUCCACCGAGCUAUAGAAAAGAACUCUCUAGAAGCCGUCAAAACUCUUCUAGAGCUCGGCGCGUCGCCUAAUUACAAAGACGGGAAGGGUCUGACGCCGUUGUAUAUGUCUGUGACGAAUAAAACAGACCCUCUGCUGUGUGAGACCUUGCUGCAUGAUCAUGCGACUAUUGGAGCUACUGACUUGCAAGGAUGGCAGGAGGUGCAUCAGGCGUGUCGCAACGGUUUAGUCCAGCACCUGGACCACCUCUUGUUCUACGGCGCCGACAUGAACAGCCGCAACGCGUCGGGCAACACGCCGCUGCACGUGUGCGCCGUCAACGCGCAGGACUCGUGCGCGAGGCAGUUAUUGUUCCGAGGAUGCGACAAGGAGGCGCUCAACUUUGCUAAUCAGACUCCUUACCAGGUGGCAGUGAUAGCGGGAAACCUAGAGCUAGCGGAGGUCAUAAAGAAUUACAAGUCUGAUGAAGUCGUGCCUUUCCGCGGCCCGCCGAGGUACAACCCCAAGCGACGGUCAGCGGCGUGGGGCGGCUGGUGGGCGGCGGGCGACCGGUCCUCCCUGGCCUCCUCCACUCGCAUCCCGGCCGAGCUGGACGCGCUCCUCCGUCGCAGUGGCCCCGCCGCCUCCCCGUGCAGCCUCGAGAGACCCUUCUCCUCAGCCUCCUCCAGCAUCAGCGACGCCAGUCAUCCCAGCCAUGAGGACGACGCUAGCAUACUCACAGACGGGCCGCCCAUGUUGACAGAGAAGUCCGGCGGCGACACUAGCGACAUCAUCUCAGACUCGAGCGGCGUGGGCACCAGCAACAGCGACACCACCACCUGCUCGCUGCAGCCCACGGGAGCUGCCGUCGUGUGUCUGCAGCCUUAUGAGCCUACAGCACCCGGGCACCUCAGGCUUAAUCAAGGAGAUAUUAUUGAAGUGACGGGCGCGACGGACGACGGGCUCCUAGAGGGGACGGUGCGGGGCGGGGCGGCGGGGCUGUUCCCCGCGCAGUGCGUGCAGGAGCUGCGCCGCGGACAGAACACGCAUCUACACCAGGUGUUAUCGUCAGGCCCUAUCCACCAUUCAAGGGUCACCGGAAGAAGAGAGAUGGCGUUGAGUAAAACAUAUAGCGCCACUGCACCUAGGAUAAAGAAAACUUACGGCAACAUAGAGACCCGCACAGUGGUGCUACACCGCGCGCGCCGCGGCUUCGGCUUCGUCCUGCGAGGGGCAAAGGCUCUGUCUCCGCUGAUGCAGUUGAGGCCCUCGGAGCGCUGCCCCGCCUUGCAGUACCUCGAUGAUGUGGAUGCGGGCGGCGUGGCCGAUAGAGCUGGCCUGCGCAAGGGCGACUUUCUGUUGCAAAUAAAUGGCGAGGACGUGUCAGCGGCGUCCCACGAGCAAGUUGUGGAGAUGAUCCGCAACUCCGGCGCACUUGUGUCGAUGACUGUAGUUUCGCUGCAACACAUCAUCGGCAACGGUAACGUUGGCGACACUAACACUUGCUCGGUGGCGAGCAGCAAGUCGCACAACCAACUGUCCAGCUCGGGCCGCCCCUACGCCGCCACGCUGCCGAGGAAAACUGCUGGAGGUCGCAGCCCCGCGCCGGCGCCGCCGCGGCGGGACCCGCGCACCACGCUCAGCGUGGGCCGCGCCCGGGCCAAGUCCAUGGUUGCUGGGCUAGAAAACGGUGGCGAGAAAGAAGAGAGUUGUGAGCCGCUGAGCGUCGCCGGCAAGUCCUCCUCGGCCGAGUCCGUGCAGCUCCACGCCGGGGGCAGUAAUAACGGCACCCCCUCAUCCGGCACCCCGGUAGCCCCGCGCACGGCGUCCAUCCGCCAGCGCCCCGCGUCCUCGCGCAUCACCGCCGCCGAGCUGGAGCAGCUGUUCCAGCGCCAGGCUGUAGCCGCCGCCAUCCCGGGCAACAGCGCGAUGAUGAUCCGGUCGGCGUUCCAGGGCGGGUCCACGUCGCCGCCCAGCUCGCCCGCCCGCCCCGGCCGCGUCUACGCCUCGGUCGCUGAGAUGAAGAGGUCUCGGGGGAAGUUCUGGAGCAAGAGCGCAUCGACUCUCCGCCGAGACUUCCACUCCACCCCGGACCUGGCCAAUGAACUGACGCUGCAGCCCGCGCGCACGCGAUCCAGCGAGGACGUGCACGGAGGCCGCGUGCCGCCGCCCGCCCACCCGCCGCCGCCGCCCCCGGACGCGGCACCGCCCUCCAGCUUCCGCCCCUCGGACCAGGCCAAGCUGUACGCCUCGCCCAGGGACCUCGACACUGUUGCGUACAGGCCUAAUGUCACUGCGCAGAAACUACAGGUGCGCAAAUCCGCGUCUCUCCGCUCGUGGGCGGGCCCGACGCGGCCGCAGUCCGCGGACGAACCCGCCAACCAGUACGCACAGCCAUACAACAACAAGGGCUUCACUAGACAGAACUCGACGCCAGCGCCCCCUAUCCCAGAGCCGGACUACAGCAUGUCGGAGUCGGAGGGCGAGGCGGAGGGGGGCGCCAAGCCCGAGCCGCCCCCGGCCGAGACUAGCGCUAACAGCAACGCCAGCGGCAGCAGCUCCGGGUCCGGCUCCAUGCAACACUCGUUCUCCGUGGACGAGAUCCAGAAGAUCCGCACCCGCCUCAAGUCGUCCAAGUCUUGCGGGGACGAACUGGCGGAGCGCGACGACGGCGACAACUCGUCGUCGGGCGUGUCGUCCGACCAGGAGGCGCAGGCGCGGCCGCCGCACAAGCGCGACAAGGUCUCCUUCUGCGCAUCCGUCACCGUCAAAUCCUCCAACGACGUCAUCAGCACCGAGCCCGUGCACAGUUCAUCCGAAAGCAUCGCGACUCCCCCGCCUCCGAUGCAGCGACAUAAUUCCCUAACCCGUAAGCGGGCUACUGCGGCUUUGCUCCGCGGGUCGAUAGGGCGAGGUAAGUCGGCGGCGGAGAGGUUAGGGGUUGACCCGGAGAAGGCUCCGGGGCGGCGCGGCAAGGCGGCCGUGUCGCUGGCGGAGCUGCCGCCGCCGCCCGAGGAGCCGGCGGGCGCGCCCGACGCCGUGCCCGUGCUGGCGCCGCCGCCGCAGUUCAGCGACCGCGUCCGCGUCGUCGCCGCGCUGCCCAAGACGCUCGCGCAUCUGCAGUAGACGUCGCCAAUGAAAGAAUGUGGCUACAUGGAUCACGACAAAGAAGGAAUAAGGGCUUUGGUACAAGUGGGUAAUUGUGUAACAUUGUGUUGUAUCAAUAGUUUCUGUUUUUAUAGCAAUCAAUUUUGUCUUCGUAUGUACCUAACUGAUUUUCUUUUCCUGAUAAUGUUACUUUUUAAAUACUUUGCCAUCUGUACCAAAACUCUCGUCGCGGUAAAUCUGGAUUUUGAUGCUCAAAAUCGUAUGUAUAUUUAUCGUCCGUACAGGUCCCGAGAGCAAUACCUAGACGUGUUACAGUAAAAUAGUGUUUCCACUCUCGAGUGUACAGUUGCAGGCCUUAGCGUUUUAGAACUGAUGACUUAGUACUUAUACCUCUCUUAGAAGACAUAGGUACCUACAAAUUAAGCUCACAUUGAGUCUAGUGCCAAAUACAGUUACUAUUUAUCUUGGUCUUUGUAUUCAUGUCGUAUUAUUCACGGAUUCUUAUUGUAAAAUGCACUGAGUAAUAAGAAUAUUUGUGAGCUACAUUUGAUAGGUGUUGUUCUUAUGAACUAUAGGUAGAUGUAAUAUAAAUCUUCAAAUUGUAACAUUAACAUCAUUCUAUGAGAAGACAUUCGAUCAUUCCAACGCACGUUUCUUUGCAACAGAAAAACGAAAUCGUAUUUUUUGUAAGCGAACGACUAAAUGAAACCAAAGAUUUAUAGUAUUUAUUGUUGAGGAAUUAACUUUGAUAUAGUUGAAACUAAUUUUUAUACAUUCCCUUAUAAAAUAAUAUUAAUUAUAUUAUGCAUCGACGUAACUAAUUGGAUUGUUAAUAUUCGAUAACUGAUCAAUUGAUCAUUAUUAUAAUCUAUUCUUCACUAUUCUCCAAUGUGUCAAAUUAUAAAAUGAAUUUCUUUAGUUUAUAAAUUAUGUCUACUCUUAGCUAUUUAUUUAAUAUUGUAUAACCUAAUUAUUUUUGAAUGAUUUCCACCCUUUUAACGCAAUCAAGUGCCAUCAUGUAUCAUUUAAAUUAAUAUUUUUAUACAUUAACCUGUAAAUAUAUUUCACAAAUUAUAUCUUAAAGUUUAAAAGAGUGGACUGUACCCAUACAUGUAUUUACAAAUUAUAUAUCCGGCCAUCAAAGUAUAUGUCAAAUAUUUACGAAUAUUGUAACCGUUAUAAAUAAUAUUUAUACAAAUUAUAAUCUUUUUAUCAUUAUAUCAGCACAGAUAAGUUUAUGAAGUUAUUGCUUUAAUUCGUCCAGUAUUAUUCUUAUGAUAUAAUCCACUCUUUUGACUAAAUAUAAACUUUAUUUAAAUAGAUAAUAGCGUCCAGAGGAAUAGUAAAUCCCUGGGCUUGAAUUUAACGAAGCCUCAUCAAUUGAAUGCAAUACUUAUAAGAAAAUCCGAUAGAUGAAUUUAUAACAAAAUGUAUGUAUUUGUUAAAAGAUCUUUAAUAUUGUUCUUGCCAAAUAUUUACCAACGGAACAUUACCAUGCAAGACAAGGUUUGUAGAAUAAUUUCAUCCCCCUUAUUGCCAAUUAGCUAGAACAAGCUUGAUGAUUUGAAAGAGUACUUGAGGGAAUAUUUUAUAUGUCUUAUGAUAUUAUGAACUACUGUAAAAUAAUGUAGCUCUGGCCGUACUGUCAGUGAAUAAUUAAUUCAUCUGUUGGUAUAAUAAGUUCAAACUAUCAUUGUCACCCGUUCCAUUGAAUUGUAAAUUUUAUAAUAAUCAAGCUUCAUCAGCUCAUCGAUCAUUUUCACGUAGAUUUAAUUAAAACGCGUACUAAAUUAUACGAAACUGUGUAACACCAACAUUAGCGUUUCAUUAUAUUUCAAUUGUUUCUAACUUAUGAACAUUUGUAAAUGUAUAGGUCAUUAUUUUGCUGCAAUUUUAACGCCUAUGUUAUCUACGCCUAUACCUAAGACUUGAGAAGUUGCAGGAAAAUAAAUCCUAUUAUGCAUAGAAUAAGGUUCUUUUGUAACCCAUUGAAAAGCUUUCCUAGGUUAGGUUAGGAACGAACACUGCCUAGCGGUCAUUUUAUAACAGCCUAAUUUUGUAGACUAUUUGAACCUUACGAUUUUAAGUAUAAACUGAAAAGUUAACAAUAGAAUGUGAUGAUAUAUUUGGUGACUACUGCUACUGCUACACUAAUUUACUUAUGAUAGAAUAGAGGGAAAUCAAACUAUCUAUCCAAAAAGUACUGUCAGUUAAUCCAUAUUACAAAGCCCUAGUGUAGCAAGUCAGGCUUCUUUGUAUUUUUACCAUUGUUUCAUGUCUCUUCAAGCAAAGAUUUUAAAUGUGUAAACCUACGCAAUUCAGUAACUGUUUAUUGAUUAUCAAUUUAAGCUUAUUACAAGUAAUAAAAGUGCGGUGGUCACAAGGUUAGCUAAUGGUCAACGACGUCUAGGGAAUGAAAUAUAGCCUAAUCUUAGAGUGGGUUUACUAUAGAUACCUUACCGUACGUUUAGCACAAUACAUUUAUUUGUCACAUUCAAUAUAUUUCGUUUAUAAUCGUCUUGUCAUUAUUUUAAGUUGUAUAAAGAUGUAUUUGACAUAGUUAGCUGUAAUUUUAGGUGAAUAUUUUCGAUUGUAGCGUAGGCAAGGGAGGGUGCGUACUUUUGUAUGAAACCACAUUGUAUUUUAUGUUUCAUUUGAAUCUCAGCGGCGGACGCGUAACUACAACUUGGUAUUCUUUCAAAUGAAAAAAUAAAUGUUUCAUCACUAA